AUGAAGUUCGGCCAAACAUAUCAGGAACGCCUCCGCGAGGAUGGCUUUCCGCAGCAUUGGGUGGAGAACGCGAUAUCCUACAAGCAGCUGAAGAAAUGCAUCAAAAGGGUGGAGAAAGAGCUAUCAGAUAUAGGAUUGGACGCAUCCACGCUCAAGCAGCUUCUAGAACACGAAGAGCGGGAAAGCAGUACUGAUUCUGACGGUCAAGAGGACGGGGAGCCAUUCCAAUAUCUGCUCGCGGACCCAACCGCCGCCGCAAAUGGUGAAGCAGCUACCCCAAUGGUGGUGUUCCGGCCGAAGCUCUUGAUUGCCGCGGACAAGCAGACGGGCGAACCGAUCGCCGCGAGUCUGUCACCUGAAACUAAGGACUAUCUCCAUAAGUUGGCUUUGACCCAGCGUAUGACAGAUGUGCGGGUCACCGAACUUCCUGACUCUGAGUCAACAGGGGAGAGUGCGAGUCUCAUCGCAUCCAACACAGAUCUAUCACCUGCGGCGCUUUCCUCGCUUGCAAAGGACGCAUCCCAGGCAGCAGAUCGGGGUCUGCGUAUGGUCGAGGUACCAUUGACGUCAGAUUCGGAGUUUUUCAGCACUCUGCAGAGUUCACUAUCCGGCUUGGCCACGUUGAGGCAGCAGGAGGAGAAGAGGCUCCAAGGCGAAGUGAUACGCCUCGGUCAAGAAAUUGCAAAUAUCACGGAGCCGAAGGGAAGAAAGAACAGGCACGAUCUGGCACAAUGGCGGAAAAUUUUCGAACUGUAUCUGGAGCAAAACAUCUUCUUUUCAACCAACGAGCUGGAUCAUGGAGCACGUGACUCCGCCGAGGCCGAAGUACGGUUGCGUGCGUUUUCCGAUGCGCUCAAGAAGCAGCCUGAAUGGACCAAAUUCAGACGCAAGGGAAGCUCUCCCGCACUGGACCGGUUUGUUCAACUGAACCUAGACCUUUUGCAACAUCUCAGAUUCCAAGAGAUCAAUCAGAUGGCUAUGCAGAAGAUCCUGAAGAAAUUUGACAAGCGCACAGCGCUUGGUGUAAAAAGGAACUUUCCUACCAGCAUUGAGGCGACGGUUUUCACUCAAAGCCUUGCGAAGAACAUCUGCUUCGAACUCUCCACGGAACUGCUUUCGGUCGUUCCGCAGCUCAGCGAUUACCUAUGUCCCGUAUGCUUCAGCAUCUCUUUCAGGCCCGUUCGGCUGCGCUGUGGGCAUAUCUUCUGCGUCAGGUGUCUCAUUGUCAUGCAGAGGGCGAGAGAGGACCACUGUCCCUUGUGCAGAAGCUCUGUGGUCAUGGAAGCAGAUAGCACGUCUGUUGACCCGGAGUUGACCAAGUUUCUUAUCAAGUAUUUUCCCAACGAAGUCAAGGUGAAGCAGAAGGAGAAUGAGCAUGCGGCCGGCGUUGAUGAGUACGGAGAGGCUUAUAAUGAGAAGUGCACCGUCAUGUGA